AUGAGCUGGGGACGUGCCCAAGUUCUUUGCACUCUCCAUUAUCCACAGACCGAGACGCCACACUCGCUUAUCCAAAAACUGGAUUCCCCAGACCUGCAGUCACUGUCUGCUGGUGACUUCCACAGGUCCCGGCCCUCACGAACUGGAAAAGACCUCUGUGGUCUAGCACGUUCCUUUGCUGAGACCUCGUGGUCCCUGAAGAGGGCGAAGGAAGAAAAAUGGGGCCGUCAGAACCAGCCAGGGAAGCGGGAGUCCGGACCCCUAGGGAGCGCCCGGGCCUGGAGUGCGAGUUCGGGGCUGGGUUGGACUCUCGCGGCCCUCCCCCAAGGUUCCCCGGGCCGCCCAGUCACGUGGGCAGCGGGGCCGGCAGGUAACUCGCCCAGAGAGGGCGGGGGCCGGGCGCCGCCGCCGCCCCCGCCGCCGCUCCCGGGCCCAGACCCCUCGGCAGACUCCGCCGCUGACCCCUGCCCCGGACCUGGGCCAUUGGUCAUCCUGUUCGGAGCCACGGCCGGUGCGCUGGGGCAGGACCUGGGCUCCGAUGAGACCGACUUAAUCCUCCUGGUCUGGCAAGUGGUGGAGCCGCGGAGUCGCCAGGUGGGCACGCUGCACAAGUCGCUGGUUCGCGCCGAGGCGGCCGCAUUGAGCCCACAGUGCCGCGAGGCGAGCGGCCUGAGCCCCGACAGCCUGGAGCGGGCGGAGCCUCUGGACAAGGUGCUGCAGCAGUUCUCACAGCUGGUGAGCGGGGAUGUGGCUCUGCUGGGCGGGGGCCCCUACAUGCUCUGCACGGAUGGGCAGCAGCUGUUGCGACAGGUUCUGCACCCUGAGGCCUCCAGGAAGAACCUGGUGCUCCCCGACACCUUCUUCUCCUUCUACGACCUCCGCAGAGAAUUCCAUAUGCAGCACCCAAGCACCUGCCCUGCCAGGGACCUCACCGUGGCUACUAUGGCACAGGACUUGGGACUGGAAACAGAUGCCACAGAGGAUGACUUUGGGGUCUGGGAAGUGAAGACAAUGGUAGCCAUCAUCCUCCACCUGCUGGAAAGGCCCAGUGGUCAGUUGUUUUCGAAACCCGAGGUGGUCAAGCAGAAAUAUGAGACAGGCCCUUGCAGCAAGGCUGAUGUGGUGGACAGCGAGACUGUGGUACGGGCCCGUGGGUUGCCCUGGCAGUCAUCAGACCAGGACGUGGCUCGCUUCUUCAGAGGGCUCAACAUUGCUAGGGGUGGUGUAGCACUCUGCCUCAAUGCCCAGGGCCGAAGAAAUGGUGAAGCCCUCAUCCGCUUCGUGGACAGCGAGCAGCGGGACCUAGCACUGCAGAGACACAAGCACCACAUGGGCGUCCGCUAUAUUGAGGUGUAUAAAGCAACAGGGGAGGAGUUUGUAAAGAUAGCAGGAGGCACAUCACUAGAAGUGGCUCGUUUCCUGUCACGGGAAGACCAAGUAAUCUUGCGGCUGCGGGGACUGCCCUUCUCAGCCGGGCCAACGGAUGUGCUGGGCUUCCUGGGGCCAGACUGCCCAGUGACUGGGGGUGCCGAGGGGCUGCUCUUUGUGCGCCACCCUGACGGCCGGCCAACUGGCGAUGCCUUUGCCCUCUUUGCCUGUGAAGAGCUGGCACAGGCUGCGCUGCGCAGGCACAAGGGCAUGCUGGGUAAGCGAUAUAUAGAACUUUUCCGGAGCACUGCGGCCGAGGUGCAGCAGGCCCUGACCCGCUAUGCAUCCAGUCCCCUUCUUCCCACACUGACUGCUCCGCUGCUGCCUAUUCCCUUCCCGCUGGCAGCUGGAACUGGGAGGGACUGUGUGCGCCUUCGUGGUCUGCCCUACACAGCCACCAUUGAAGACAUCCUAAGCUUUCUGGGGGAGGCAGCAGCUGACAUCCGGCCCCAUGGUGUACACAUGGUGCUGAACCAGCAGGGCCGGCCCUCGGGCGAUGCUUUCAUCCAGAUGACAUCAGCAGAGCGGGCUCUAGCUGCUGCCCAACGUUGUCAUAAGAAGGUGAUGAAGGAACGCUACGUGGAGGUGGUCCCCUGUUCCACAGAGGAGAUGAGCCGUGUGCUGAUGGGGGGCACCUUGGGCCGCAGUGGCAUGUCCCCUCCACCCUGCAAGCUGCCCUGCCUCUCCCCACCUACCUAUGCAACCUUCCAGGCCACCCCAGCCCUCAUACCCACGGAGACAGCAGCUCUAUAUCCCUCUUCUGCACUGCUCCCAGCCACCAGGGUGCCUGCUGCCCCUACUCCUGUUGCCUACUACCCAGGGCCAGCCACUCAACUGUACAUGAACUACACAGCCUACUAUCCCAGCCCCCCGGUCUCCCCCACCACUUUGGGCUACCUCACCACGCCCCCUGCGGCCCUGGCUUCUGCUCCCACGUCAGUGUUGUCCCAACCAGGAGCCCUGGUCCGCAUGCAGGGUGUCCCAUACACAGCUGGUGUGAAAGAUCUGCUCAAUGUCUUCCAGGCCUACCAGCUAGCUCCUGAUGACUACACCAGUCUGAUGCCUGUUGGUGACCCACCUCGCGCUGUGUUACAGGCCCCCAAGGAGUGGGUGUGUUUGUAGAUGAGGAGGCAGGAGGUAAGAGAUAGCCAAUUUCUUCAACUAAUGUGCCUCUCUGCAUCCAGAGGACCAGUGCCCCCAACCUGCUGUCUUCUUUCUGGCUUGUAAAAGCUCUCAGAAGGCACCUAGGAGCCCGUCUCAGUUCCAUCCCCUACUUACGCUUCCACCUCUGUACCCAAAAAAAUGAUGGCUAGACCCUGUGAGCAGGGCUAGGGGUGGACUAAGGCUACGUUGCCCCUGAUUGUCUGACCCAGGCCUCCUGAGUGGUACCUGGAGAGCCUCUGUUCUGUCCUGGCAAUGGAUGCUGUGGGGCUGACAGGUCUUUCUUUUUUAAAAAACUAAGCUCUAGUACCUUCAAUGUACGACUCCUGGAGAAUCAAGGGUCCAUCCGAGCCUGAGUGCUCUACCUCUUCUUAUCCUUCUGGUGGAGGUUCUGAAGAGAGAGCUGGCCCCCACCCUCAGGAUGCUUGAACCUCAGAGACCGCACUGUGCCAGGGUCCCUUCUAAGGAUGCUAGCCGUCCACCAACUGGGUACAAGGAAUAUCAUGGCCAAACCACAAGCUAUUUUGAUGGACUAUGCUGCAAUACCCGCAGAAGACACUAGGGGACAGAAGGCCCACACACAAAAACUCAGGCUUGAAUUCUAAAGGGACUUUCUGCAACUUUCUAUGUAUGCCUUGGGAAGGCCAGUUGUCCCUAACCCAGCAGACACCAUGGAUGUCCUUUGCUCCCAUUAAAGGGUGCAGAACUGAAGCCUCAAAAGGAAUUUGGAACUAUAUCCUGUCCUCUAUAAAAUAAAAGUUCCUGACCAAGUGGACUUAUAAAAAAGCCUUGGUGCCCUUAGCUUUGGACCCAGAGUGAGGGGCUCCAUGCCAGCCCUGGGCGGAGGAAAACUCAGACAGAUUUCAAGGAAACUGUUGACCUGUCACCGUUUAUUAUUUCAGCACUGUAACUGAGGAGCCUGAACUGCUGGCUCUUCUUCCCUUUGUAUUUGUAUAAGGAGCACUGUACUCCUAGAAAAGGUUUUGAAAUACAAAAUGUACAAGAAAACAAUCCCAAGUACUGUAAACAUAACUGAGAACCAGUUCCUUUACUAAACAUCCAUUUUAUAAAAUACAAGGUUUCGACUUGGGCCCAUGUGAGCCUUCAAGAUGACCAUCUGUCCUGAAUACCAAAAAAGAGCUUCACAGUCAGGCCCAGCAGAGAUGUGGUGAAAGCUACAGGUCCUGGGUGGUGGGGUGCACCCUGGAGCAGCGGCACCACACUGAACGUGAAGACAUCUGUUACUUUUAAAGCUGUUUUCAGCCAUGUUUCUGUGUAUCUCCAGUAAGCAGAAGGCUGCUCAUUCCAUUCCUCAACUCAAGAUGGAGCAUAGGCUGGAGAGGAAAGGGGUACGUGCUAGCACAGGCCCAGUUGCUCAGUGCUGCUAUUAGAAGUUCAUUUGCAUAGUCCAUGAAUGUGUGCUUCUAACACCACUAUGUUGAACAAAAACUUUAACUCUUUAUCUACAAAGCCAAAAAUAUUGACUGUUACAUCAAAGCUUUUACAAAGCUGAUAUAAAACUGCUUACAUAGUAUACAAAGCUCUAUUUUAAAAGUUAACUUUUAUUUUAAAUAGGAAAGCAUUUCUAGUGCUACAGGCAUCAAGGUAUUUAAAAGGCAUCAAAAUUUGGUGCAUAGCAACUCUGGAUCAUAGAGGCUUUUUAUUCUUGAGGGUAGCAAAGCAACCCCCAAAUGUCCUGCAAGGGGAACUCUUACAAGAAUCCCAAGGGAGGCAGUUACACCAGGGAUGAGAGGGUACGGGGAAGUCUGGCCCUGUCUCUGAAACUUCACCCAAGAGACCAAUCCCCUGCCCCUCCAAAGGAAGCUGUGGGGCUUCUAACAACAGGUCCUGAAGCGUAAACU